ACAUCCACUUUCACCCAUCAGCAAUGCACCAAUGCGUGAUACCGCUAGGUAUGUACUCAUCCGUUAUAAUUCGCAUACUGUAUACGCGCAACUAAUAGCCGAUGCGGCACUGCUGCGGCCUUCAAGAAUUUUCAGUCAAGCAUGUAGGGCUGACACGCUGCCUAAUGAAAUGCACGUGCCAGCGUUGAAAAUGCUGGAUCGGACUCGGUUAACUCUCGUUUUGGUCGUUGGCAUUUGCGGUUGCAAUGGGAACAGCAAUCCGACACAGCGGCACCGACUAAUCAACGAGCUAGCGGCGGGUGACACCUCGGAAAAGAAUGAUACCGAACAGCCCACUGCCGCCCCAAGCGGCCAGAACGGCAGUUCGUCCGACGAUCAGCGGGAAGAGGACCUAAUAAGGUUCGAGGGCGACAUCCUCGGCAUCGACCCGGAUGCUCUUACCGAUCAAGAUCUGAAGCAGCAAGCCAACUUCGUUACGGACGAGUCAAAAAAAUGGCCGGACGGUGUCGUCGUCUACCGGAUAUCCACGCAGUUCGGUGCAACGGAGAAAAGAGCCAUCCGGGCCGCCAUGCGCGAUUUCUCCGCCCGCACCGGCAUCCGUUUCGUCAGGUACGCGCGGAAGCAGACGGCCGACGAGGAAACCGACCGGAUGUCUAUUGUCCCUUCGCUUGUCGGGUGUUCCUCGCAUGUUGGCCGACAAGGCGGCGACCAGAAGGUCUACCUGAAAGUCCCGGGCUGCGUAAUUAAAUCGGGUACUAUUCAGCACGAGAUUAUGCACACCAUCGGUUUCUUCCACGAGCAAGCCAGAAUCGACAGAGACGAGUACGUGGACAUCAACUGGAAGAACAUUGCCAAACUGAACCGCGGCAAUUUCCGCAGCUACACGUCCAACGCGUUGGGCCAGCCGUACGACUUCGGCUCGGUGAUGCACUACGGCGAGCAUGACUUCGCCAUUGAUUCCGCCCAGUACACCAUCCGCAUUAAACCGGAAAAUCCGGCGGCCGACGACGACAACAUGGAGCUGGGCCAACGCGACGGCCUUAGUCCUAUCGAUGUCGCCAAGAUCCGGCUGGCUUACGGCAGCGGCAAAGGUGCCUGCCCAAAUAAGAACGGAUGGAUGUACGAAGGGAAGAGUGGACGGGAAGAGUGCUACUUUUUUUCCUUCCUGUCUUCCGAUGCAGGACCAAAGUCGUUUGACGCCGCCAAACAGCACUGUGCCACCCACGGGAGCGUCCUGGCACCGAAAUCCCGGCGAGCCACGAUCCGGCGCGUUAUUAAGGCGAACCAGGAUAAGAUCAACAUGGAUGACGAGAUAUGGCUGGACGACUGUCUGACCUUUCGGGCAGAGGACCGGCGGCCGGCCCGCCGAAGCUGUAGCGGUCCCGCGCUGGAUUUUGUCUGCAUUACGCAGGUCAGCAUGCGCGAAUUGGCCCGACGCAAUGACUCCCGCUAGCGUGGAUGACCGUUCCUAUAGUUAAUUUCCUCAUUUUUGACUCAAAAUAAAGAGUGUUGCUUAUGCACAAUCCUACAGAAAAUGAGAAUGCAUCGGCUCUGUGCUUCACAUACAUC